UUCCUGCACAGAUGUGGGAACAGCUGGCAGAGCUGCUUCAUGAUGACAUCAACGAGUCACGCAAACAGGAACAAAGAUGCAACACUUUCAGAACCUCGGGAGAAAAUAAGUGAAGAAUUUUAUUUUCAAUAAUUCAUCGAUCAGUGAUUUGAAGGAGGAAAAAAACCCUGUCACGUGACUUUGUGUUUCCCUGCUAACAACAUGGCUGCGGAGGAUCUGCCGUCUGAGUUUGACGUGGUCAUUCUGGGCACAGGUCUUGCUGAGUCGGUGGUGGCAGCCGCGUGUUCCAGAGUUGGACAGAGAGUUCUUCACGUCGACAGGCGGAGCUACUAUGCAGCCAAUUGGGCGAGCUUCACCUUCAACGCUCUGCUCACCUGGAUACAGGAGCAUCAAGCAGAGUCUCUGUCAGAGGAGGUCCAGGAUCGGUCGAGCUUGGUGGAAGAAGGGGAGGAGCUGAUCUACCUGUCAGGCUCAGACUCCGCCUCCAUCAGUAACCUGCAGGUGUUCUGCUACGUCAGUGAGGAAGCCGAGGAGGAGGAGCCUCCAAACACCACAGAAGAAGAAGAGGCGGGAGCAGCAGGUGAAGACGCUGCUAAAGAGCCAUCAGAGACCGAAUCAGCAGGUUCAAAAGAAGAAGAAACAGGUGAGGCAACUGAGGGAGACGAGCAGGCUGCUCAGGAACAGGGGGAGGAGCCAGAAGCGGAUCAGCCACAGCCCUCUGCUCCUCCCAGCCAAUCAGAGCCAACCAGGAAGAAAAUCAGCUACACCCAGCUGGUAAAGGAAGGACGCCGGUUCAACAUCGACCUGGUUUCUAAGCUCAUGUACUCUCGCGGCUCAUUGGUCGACCUGCUCAUCAAAUCAAACGUCAGUCGCUAUGCAGAGUUCAAGAACGUGACCAGGAUACUGACCUAUCGCCACGGCAGCGUGGAGCAGAUUAAAUCCGUCUCGUCUGUACUGAACCACAGACGACUGUAUGAAGCUAAAAUCAGACAGAUGGUCGGUGGACUGUUAUGGAUGAGGCCCGCGUGCAUCAUUAUUCGCAGUAAUCGGGUGGAGCUGUGUGGAGGCGGCCUUGAGAGGCUGCAGAGUGGAGCGGGUCGAUCCAUCAUGGUCGCCCUGAGCCCGGCGCUCAUUAUGACUGCGCUUAUCAUCAGUGUUUUAAUAAAGCGGGCUGAGCGGGUCACUGCGCGUCUCGAGGACGACUCGGAGUUCUUAAAGUGUAAGGCGGUGAUUGACAGCCGAGGACAGCGAAUCAGCUGCAGCCAUUUUGUGGUGGAGGACGGCUUUGUGGGGGCCACGCCCACCGG